AUGGCUCAAGUCACAGAACCACCUUACCAAACUGAAAAGUAUAUACGUAAUAAUGAAUCUAAUGAUCUCGACGAAUACCUCCAAGAUCAUGAUCAAGAAUUGAUAAAUAAUGCUACUUCCAUGCCAAAUGGUCUACGAAGGUUGCGAGAAGAUAGAUCACCAUCAAAAGAUUCUAAUAACUCAAAGAUGAUUAAUCAUCUUGAAAUUGCCCGAUUUUCAACAGAAUCUCUACAUAGUUAUAAUUUUGUUACAAAUGAUGCAUCAAUGUACGAAAAUAGGCAGAAUAUUCUUCGUCGUUCUAUCGAUUUCAUGAAAAGCAAAAUAAAAGGAUGGAAAUUUUUAGAUGUACAUCAAGUUCUACUUUCAUUUGUAGAACCUACAACUGGUACUUCUACGGAUAUUGUUCUUCCUCAAGAAGAAACCG